AUUGGAUAUGGAUUUUGGAAUAAAAGAGUCGGUUGAUAGAAAAUCAUCCUGAAAAACAAAAAUUCUUUCGAUUCAGUGGUGUUCGCUCUCGGAUUAACGAUGCUCAAAUUUUCAUAUUAUUAGGUUUCUAGCCCCUUUUCUCUAAUGGAGUCCUUAUUAGGAGAGACUCCAUCAUCAUCAAUUUUAUUAGAAGAUUUCGGUCAAAAAGUUGAUCUAACAAGAAGAAUUCGUGAAGUAUUAAUAAAUUAUCCAGAAGGAACAACAGUUUUAAAAGAACUGAUUCAAAACGCUGAUGAUGCUGGUGCUACAAAAGUAUGUUUAUGUCUGGAUCGUCGUGUUCAUCGAGUUGACUCGUUGUUGUCUCCUAAAUUAGCUGAGUGGCAAGGUUCAGCUUUAUUAGCUUUCAAUAAUGCUGAAUUCACUGAAGAUGAUUUCGUUAGUAUUUCAAGAAUUGGUGAUAGUAAGAAACAACAACAAGCUUGGAAAACUGGUCGUUUUGGGGUUGGGUUCAACUCGGUAUACCAUCUAACAGAUUUGCCCUCUUUCGUGAGUGGUAAGUAUGCUGUGUUAUUUGAUCCGCAAGGUGUUUAUCUUCCAAAUGUUUCAGCUGUGAAUCCUGGAAAACGUAUAGACUAUGUUAGUUCUUCAGCCAUAUCACUUUAUGAGGACCAGUUCUUUCCAUAUUGUGCCUUUGGAUGUGACAUGAAAAAACAUUUUCCUGGCACUCUAUUUCGUUUCCCUUUGAGGAAUGCAGAUCAGGCAGCUUCUAGUAAGCUCUCUAGGCAAGCAUAUUCAGAAGAUGACAUUUCUUCCAUGUUUGUUCAACUUUACGAGGAAGGAGUUUUUACUUUGCUCUUUCUUAAAAGCGUACUUUCUGUUGAAAUGUAUGUAUGGGAAGAUGGGGUACCCGAGCCACGGAAGCUUUAUUCUUGUGCUGUCAGGUCACAAAAUGAUGAUACAAUUUGGCACCGCCAGGCGUUACUUAGGAUUUCUAACUCCCUUGAUCCUGCAAAAAAUGAAAUGGAUUCAUAUACUGUUGAUUUCUUGAGUGAGGCAAUUGCGGGGUCCAACGUUGAGAAGAGGAUACACACAUUUUUCAUCGUGCAGACAAUGGCGUCGACAUCGAGUAGAAUUGGUACUUUUGCUACUUCUGCUGCCAAAGAGUAUGAUGUUCAUUUACUGCCUUGGGCUUCAGUUGCAGCAUGUAUAUCAGAUUCGUUGUCUGAGGCUGAUUUUCUUAAGCAUGGACGGGCAUUCUGCUUUCUUCCACUUCCUGUAAGAACUGGAUUGUCUGUGCAAGUGAAUGGUUACUUUGAGGUUUCCUCUAACCGAAGAAGUAUAUGGUACGGAGCCGACAUGGACCGAGGUGGAAAACUUCGUUCUGACUGGAACAGGCUUCUACUGGAAGGUGUUGUGGCUCCUGCCUACAAAAAUUUACUGCUUGGUGCACGGGAUUUACUCGGUUCAACCAAGUUUUACUAUUCUCUAUGGCCUUCUGGUUCUUUUGAAGAGCCCUGGAAACUUUUGGUGGAGGAGGUUUAUAAGAUUAUAGGUAAUAGUCCAGUAUUAUACUCAGAUCUUGAUGGUGGAAAGUGGGUAUCACCAACUGAAGCUUUUCUUCAUGAUGAGGAGUUUACUAAAUCGAAGGAACUUGGUGAAGCCCUGUUACUGUUAGGAAUGCCAAUUGUUCAUUUACCCAAUCCCCUGAUUGACAUACUUUUGAGAUAUAGUUCAGGUUUCCGGCAAAGAGUAGUUACUCCUGAAACAGUACGUCAUUUUAUUAAGGCCUCCGGAACAUUGAUUUCCUCAAGCAGAUUAACCAAGUUGGUUUUGUUGGACUAUUGUCUUCAAGAUUUGAUUGAUGCUGAUGUUGUUAGGCACACAAGCGGCCUGCCAUUGCUACCUCUGGCAAGUGGUGAGUUUGGAUCAUUUUCUGAAAGCUCCCACCGGAUUUCUUAUUUCAUCUGCAAUGAAUUGGAAUAUAUGCUGCUUCAGAAAAUUCCUGAUAGAUUAAUUGAUCAAAAUAUUCCUUCCCACAUACUGAGCAGACUUUCAGCUAUUGCUAAGUGUUCAAAUGCCAAUAUUUGUUUCUUUAAUAUUCAUUUCUUGCUUCAGUUACUCCCUCAAUUUGUUCCUGCCGAUUGGCAGUAUAAAAGCCGAGUUCGGUGGGAACCGGAGUCUUGUUCGAAUCAUCCAGCAGCGUCAUGGUUUGUGAGUUUUUGGCAGUAUCUACGUGAAAAGUGUGAUAAUUUAUCUAUAUUUGGUGAUUGGCCCAUCUUGCCAUCCACUUCGGGGCACCUUUAUCGAGCUUCUAGACAAUCAAAACUGAUUGAUGCAGCGAAGUUGUCUGAUACAAUAGGAGCUCUCCUUGUUAAAAUUGGCUGCAAGAUUUUAAACCCUGAUUAUGGUGUUCAGCACCAGGAGUUAUCUCUUUAUGUGUAUGACGCCAAUGGAGCAGGUGUUUUGGAUGCAAUUUUUGAUGUUAUUUCGACGGAACAAAGUCUCCUUCAACCGUCCUUCGAAAACGUUGGAGAUAAUGAGAAGAAUGAGCUUUGUCUGUUUCUUCUCGACCGAAAAUGGUAUGUCAGAGAUUCAAUAACUGAUUCUCAUAUAGUUAACUGCAAAAGGUUACCUAUUUUCAAAGUUUAUGGUGGACGUUCUUCUGAAGCUGAUCAGUUUUCUGACUUGGUAAAUCCUCAAAAGUACUUGCCACCUAAGGAUGUUCCUUCAUAUCUGUUGGGAGGUGAGUUCAUUCAGAGCUCAUGCGAUAUUGAAGAUGAAAUUUUAUUAAGACAUUAUGGAGUUGCUCGAAUGGGGAAGACUGAUUUUUACAAAACUAAGGUACUCAAUAGAAUCAAUGAAUUGCUGCCAGAGGUUCGUGACAGUACCAUGCUUUCUGUUCUUAGAGAUCUACCGCAAUUGUGUGUGGAAGACGCAUCUUUCAGGGAAAUAUUGAGAAAAUUGGAAUUCAUUCCAACUCUAAGCGGUGCUUUAAAGUGUCCACACCUGCUAUAUGAUCCUCGUAAUGAGGAAUUAUACUCUCUUCUAGAAGAUUCCGACAGUUUUCCGGUGGGUGUAUUUGAAGAGUCUGUUAUUCUUGACAUGCUGCAAGGUUUGGGCCUUAGGACAUCUGUGUCUCCUGAGACAGUCAUAGAAAGUGCACGUCAAAUUGAGUUGUUUAGGGACACUGAUCAACGAAAGGCAAAUGCAAGAGGCAAGGUGCUUCUCUCAUACCUUGAAGUGCAUGCAUCAAAAUGGUUGUUAAAUCCGCAAAGUGAUGCCCAAAGAAUGAUGAAUAGAACAUUGUCACGAGCUGCGAUGGUAUUCAAGUCUCGCAACUCAGAACCUGAUCUAAAUAAAUUUUGGAAUGAUCUUAAAAUGAUCUGCUGGUGCCCUGUUUUGGUCUCUUCUCCUUAUCAGAGUUUACCCUGGCCUUCGGCUUCAUCCAUGGUUGCUCCCCCAAAGCUUGUCAGGUUACGUUCAGAUUUGUGGCUUGUUUCUGCAAGCAUGCGUAUACUUGAUGGUGAAUGCUCAUCAACAACUUUAGCAUGUAGCUUAGGUUGGUCUUCUCCACCUGGUGGUAGCGUCAUCGCUGCCCAACUACUUGAGCUUGGGAAGAAUAAUGAACUUGUAACAGAUCAGGUGCUCCGCCAGGAACUUGCUUUGGCUAUGCCAAGGAUAUAUUCUAUAUUGUCGGCUAUGAUCGGUUCAGAUGACAUGGAAAUUGUAAAAGCUAUUCUGGAAGGAUGUCGUUGGAUUUGGGUUGGAGAUGGGUUUGCAAUCUCGGAUGAAGUUGUCCUGAAUGGACCUCUUCAUCUGGCACCUUACAUACGUGUAAUUCCUGUUGAUUUAGCUGUAUUCAAGGCAUUAUUUUUAGAACUUGGAAUACGGGAAUUCUUGAAGCCCACUGAUUAUGCUAACAUUCUUUUCAGAAUGGCUACACGAAGAGGCUCAACUCCCUUGAACUCGGAUGAAGUUAGAGCAGCGUUAUUAGUUGUGCAGCAUCUUGCGGAAGUUCAAUUUCAGGAUCAGCAAGUUCAAGUAUAUCUGCCCGAUAUUUCAUCCCAACUUUAUCCUGCAACCAGUCUUGUUUAUAAUGAUGCUCCAUGGUUGCUAAGCUCUGAAAAUGCUGAAAGUGGAUACACAAAUGCAUCCAGUGUUGGUCUUAGUACAAAUAGAGAUGUUCACAAAUUUGUGCACGGGAAUAUAUCAAAUGAUGUUGCAGAAAAGCUCGGCGUAUGCUCCCUUCGUAGACUAUUGCUUGCUGAGAGUGCUGACUCGAUGAAUUUAAGCUUAUCAGGGGCAGCUGAAGCUUUUGGUCAGCAUGAAGCUUUGACGACAAGGCUCAAGCAUAUAGUUGAAAUGUAUGCGGAUGGCCCAGGGAUUCUCUUUGAGCUGGUUCAGAAUGCGGAGGAUGCAGGAGCAUCUGAGGUGGCAUUUCUCUUGGAUAAAACUCAAUAUGGGACAUCAUCUGUUCUGUCUCCAGAGAUGGGAGAGUGGCAAGGGCCAGCACUCUAUUGUUUCAACUCGUCUAUUUUUAGUGCAAAAGAUCUUUAUGCCAUCUCGAGAAUCGGCCAAGAUAGCAAACUUGAGAAGCCUUUUGCAAUUGGAAGGUUUGGUCUUGGAUUCAAUUGUGUUUAUCACUUCACAGAUAUUCCAGGCUUUGUUUCUGGAGAAAAUAUUGUGAUGUUUGAUCCUCAUGCCUCUCAUCUUCCUGGGAUCUCUCCAUCCCACCCUGGAUUACGAAUCAAAUUCGCUGGGAGAAGAAUCUUAGAACAGUUUCCAGAUCAAUUUUCUCCUUUCUUACACUUUGGCUGUGACUUGCAGCAGCCAUUUCCUGGCACUCUCUUCCGCUUUCCUCUCAGAAGCGAAAAUGCUGCUUCACGGAGUUUAAUAAAAAGAGAAAAAUAUGCACCCGAAGAUGUUCUAUCACUUUUCUCUUCUUUCUCUGAAGUUGUCUCCGAGACCCUUCUCUUUCUUCGUAAUGUGAGAACCAUCUCUAUUUUUGUGAAAGAGGGGGCUGGUCAUGACAUGCAGCUUCUUCAUCGUGUAGAGAGAAAUCACAUUACUGGGCCCGAAGUCGAUUCCCAUCCACAGCAUAGUUUGCUUGGCUUCAUCCAUGGAAAGCAUAAUGGACUGGAUAGGAAUCAGUUUCUUAACAAAUUGAGUAAAACCCCUGAAUCAGAUUUACCAUGGAACAUUCAGAAGAUUGUGGUGACUGAACGAGAUACUUCUGGUGAUAAAUCACAUUUCUGGGUGAUGAGUGAAUGUUUAGGAGGUGGAAAUGCGAAAAAAGUUACUCCUCUAGGAAACAAUUCUCACAAUUUUAUCCCGUGGGCUUGUGUAGCAGCUUACUUGCAUACUGUGAAUUUGAGUGGCAUAAAGGAGCUGAAUGAUAGCUCUAAUGUUGGGACAGAAGAUGGCACUAUUCAGGAUGGUUCACUUCAAGUUUCACAAGACUUAUCGCAGUAUAGAAGGAAUUUCGAUGGUCGAGCCUUUUGCUUUUUGCCUCUACCAAUUAAUACCGGUCUUCCAAUACAUGUUAAUGCCUAUUUUGAGUUAUCAUCGAACAGGAGGGAUAUUUGGUUUGGAAAUGACAUGGCAGGGGGUGGAAAAGUGCGUUCAGACUGGAAUAAAUACCUCCUUGAAGAUGUUGUUGCUCCUGCUUAUGGUCGGUUGCUCGAAAAGGUAGGGUUGGAGAUGGGCUUAUGUGAUUUGUUCUCUUCACUUUGGCCAGUAGCGAGCAUGGUAGAGCCAUGGGCAUCCAUGGUUCGGAAACUCUACAUGUCCGUGUGUGAUCUUGGUCUACGUGUUUUACACACAGAAGCUAGGGGUGGCCAGUGGAUCUCCACAAAGCAAGCAAUUUUUCCUGAUUUUUCUUUCUCCAAAGCAGAGGAGCUAUUGGAAGCAUUAUCUGAUGCAGGACUGCCUCUCGUUCGUGUUUCCAAGACAGUUGUAGAUAAGUUUAAGGAGGCUUACCCAUCAUUGCAUUUCCUUACACCUCAGUUGCUAAGGACAUUGUUGACUAGAAGAAAGCGUGGGUUUAAGAACAGGAGUGCAAUGAUCCUGACACUUGAAUAUUGCUUAUAUGAUAUUAAUGUACCUGUCCAGAGUGAUACUUUGCUUGGUUUUCCCUUGGUUCCUCUUGCAAACGGUUUGUUUACAACAUUCAGCAGGAAGGGGGAAGGUGAAAGAAUUUUUGUAACGACUUGUGAAAAUGAGUACGGUCUUCUCAGGGACUUAGUUCCACAUCUUCUUGUUGAUAGCAGUAUUUCUGAAGGAGCACAGAAGAAGCUAUGUGACAUUGGUCGAAAUGGGGAUUCAAAUAUCUCCUUGUUGUCAUGUAAAUCCCUUGAAGAGCUAUUUCCCAGGAUAAUGCCACCUGAGUGGCAGAAUUCUAAACAAGUAUCUUGGACUCCAGGCCACCAAGGUCAACCAAGCAUAGAAUGGAUGAGGUUGUUAUGGAGCUAUUUUACUUCAUCUUGUGAUGUCCUUUCAAUGUUCUCCAAGUGGCCUAUACUUCCAGUGGGAAACAAUUGCCUAUUGCAACUUGUCAGAAAUUCAAAUGUGAUCGAAGAAGAUGGGUGGAGUGAAAACAUGUCUUCAUUGUUGCAGAAACUAGGUUGUUUCUUCUUGAGAUCGGACUUUCCAAUAGAUCAUCCCCAAUUGAAGGAUUUUGUGCAAGGUCCAACUGCAAGUGGUGUAUUAAAUGCUUUACUUGCAGUAUCUGGUGAGUCGCAUGAUAUCGGAAGAUUGUUCAGUGAUGCGUCAGAAGGAGAAUUGCACGAACUUCGUAGUUUCAUUCUCCAGACCAAAUGGUUCUCUGGCUGCCAAAUGAAUCAGAAGCACAUUUAUUUGCUAAAACAGCUCCCUAUGUUUGAGUCGUACAAAAGUAGAAAACUUGUUGCUUUGAGUAAUCCUACCAAGUGGAUCAAACCCGAAGGGGUGCAUGAGGAGCUAUUAACUGAAGCAUUCGUUCGCAUGGAAUCUGAAAAGGAUAAAACUAUUCUUGAAAGCUACCUUGAAGUUAGAGAACCUGCAAGGGCUGAAUUUUACAAGGAUUAUGUUCUUAACCGGAUGUCAGAAUUCGUUACACAACCAGUAGCUCUUUCUGCCAUAUUACAUGAUGUGAAGCUUCUGAUUAGGGAGGAUCCUUCGAUCAGAACAGUGCUUUUGCAAACUCCUUUCGUUUUAGCUGCCAACGGAUCCUGGCAACAUCCUUCUAGGUUAUAUGAUCCUCGUGUUCCAGAGCUACAGAAGGUGCUUCAUAAAGAAGCUUUCUUUCCUUCCGAUAAGUUCUUAGAUACUGAGACUCUUGAGACUCUGAUUGAUCUGGGCCUUAAUACGACAUUGGGACUUGGUGGUUUGCUUGAUAGUGCUAGGUCAGUUUCAAUGUUGUAUGAUUCAGGGGAUUUGGAGGCAUUUAAUUGGGGUAGGAGGUUACUUUCUUGCCUAGAUAUGAUGGGAUGUUACCGCUCCAGAGAGGAGGAAGGAGAAUGCGACUGUGACAGAGUCAGCAACUCCGCAUUCUUCGAUGUUAAUAAUGUACAUGAUGACGUUGUCGAAAAUGACUACUUGACAAUUGCUUCUAAAAAGAACUGCUGCAGACAGGAUCUUGAGGUUCAAUUGGGUGCAAUCAUCCACGAAAUUCCAGAUGAAAACUUUUGGUCCGAAAUGAAAAUUAUCUCGUGGUGCCCCGUCUAUGUUGAUCCACCCCAGAAAGGUCUUCCCUGGUUUAGAUCCAAGCAUCAGAUAGCAGCUCCAGUCGACGUGAGACCGAAGUCACAAAUGUGGUUGAUGUCAUCUAUGAUGCGGAUACUAGAUGGUGAAUGCUGCUCGAAAUACCUGAUGCAAAAACUUGGCUGGCUGGAUCGUCCUAAUGUUGGUGUUCUAUCCACCCAAUUGGUUGAGCUAUCCAACUCCUAUAGCCAACUCAAGCUGCUAGGUGUACACGAACCUGAACUUGAUGCUGUGCUGCAGAUCCAAAUGCCUAAACUUUACUCUAAAUUGCAGGAAUUUGUUGGUACUGAUGACUUCACAAUUUUAAAAUCUGCAGUCAAUGGGGUUACCUGUGUUUGGAUUGGGGACAAUUUCAUAUCUCCAGAGGCACUUGCAUAUGACUCACCUGUUAAAUUCCACCCUUACUUAUAUGCUGUCCCGUCUGAGUUGUCAGAGUUCAGAGAGUUGCUGUCAGCAUUAGGUGUCAGAUCAACUUUUGAUGCUGUGGACUACGUGAACGUUUUACAGCGUUUACAGCGUGACCUCAAGGGGUUACCACUGUCAUCUGAGCAAUUGAGUUUUGUUCAUUGUGUCUUGGAAGCAGUUGCAGACUGUUAUGCAGAUAAACCCUUGUUGGAAACUUCUAGUAGUCCAUUAUUACUUCCAGAUUCAUUUGGAGUUCUGAUGUCUGCAAUGGAUCUUGUGUACAAUGAUGCACCAUGGAUGGAGAACAAUAGUAAUCUUGCCUCGAAACAUUUUCUACAUCCAAGUAUUAGCAAUGACCUGGCAAGCAGAUUAGGGGUCCAGUCACUUCGCUGCCUUUCAUUAGUUGAUGAGGAAAUGAUAAAGGAUCUGCCGUGCAUGGAUUACCCGAGAAUAAGUGGACUUCUGUCGUUAUAUGGAAACAAUGAUUUUUUGUUGUUUGAUUUGCUCGAGUUAGCGGACUGCUGCAAAGCAAGGAAGCUGCACCUCAUAUUUGAUAAGAGAGAACACUCUCGUCAGUCUUUGCUCCAGCACAAUCUAGGUGAAUUUCAGGGGCCUGCUGUUGUUGCUGUCCUAGAUGGGGCCACCUUGAACCAGGAAGAAGUCAGCAGUCUCCAACUCCUUCCUCCAUGGCGGUUGCGGGGCAAUACACUAAAUUAUGGUUUAGGGCUUCUCAGCUGUUAUUUCAUAUGUGAUCUUCCCGCAGUUGUUUCCAGUGGGCACUUUUACAUGUUUGACCCUCAUGGCAAGGCUCUCACUGCUCCAUCAAGUAAUGGCCCCUCUGCCAAAAUGUUCUCUUUGAGAGGUACUGGCUUGACCGAGCGGUUCCGUGAUCAAUUCAAUCCAAUGCUUAUUGAUCAAAAUAUGCCGUGGUCAUCUUCAGAUUCUACAAUUAUCCGCAUGCCUCUAUCAUCUGAUUGCAUGAAAGAUGGACUAGAGGAUGGGUCAAAGAGAGUAAAACAAAUUUUUGAUAGAUUUGUAGCGCAGGCAUCUACCAGUCUUCUGUUCUUGAAGUCUGUAUUCCAGGUGACUCUAUCAACUUGGGAGGAGGGAAGUUUGCAACCAGUACAGGAUUACUCUGUUUGUAUUGAUCCUAUGUUAGCGACUGUUAGAAAUCCUUUCUCGGAAAAGAAGUGGAGAAAAUUUCAAAUAUCGAGGUUGUUUAGCAGCUCAAACGCAUCAAUCAAAGUGCACACUAUAGAUGUCCACCUGCUCGAAGGAGAAACCAAAGUUGUUGACAAAUGGAUCGUUGUCCUAAGCCUGGGUUCCGGACAGACCAGAAAUAUGGCCCUUGAUAGGCGAUAUCUGGCUUACAACUUGACACCCGUUGCUGGAGUUGCAGCCCACAUAUCAAGAAAUGGACGGCCAGCUGAUGCGCAUUCUUCCAGCUGCAUUUUGUCUCCUCUUCCUCUCUCUAAAGAUCUUAACAUAUCUGUCACGGCUCUUGGAUGUUUCCUCGUGCGUCAUAAUGGAGGUCGUUAUUUAUUCAAGUACCAAACAGAUAAGGCCUCACUAGGACCACAACUUGAUGCUGGAAAUCAGUUGAUAGAAGCUUGGAACAGAGAGUUGAUGAGUUGUGUUCGUGAUUCAUAUGUUGAAAUGGUGUUGGAAAUGCAAAGAUUAAGAAGGGAACCUUCAAAUUCUACUCUCGACCCAGGUGCAGUACGUGCAGUUAGUUCAGUUAUGCAAGCUUACGGGGAUCGAAUUUAUGCAUUCUGGCCAAGGUCCAGACAGAGCUCUUGUCCAAGUAACCAAUCCGCUGUCUUUUCAAGUAACCCAAAUUCAUUGGAUGUGGUGGAAACAGAUUGGGAAUGUUUAAUCAAACAAGUGAUAAGGCCUUUCUAUACCCGUCUCGUUGACCUUCCUGUCUGGCAACUAUACUCUGGUCAAUUGGUAAAGGCUGAAGAAGGUAUGUUUCUUGCUCAACAUGGGAAUGAAAUGGGUGAUAAUUCGCCGCCAUCUUCCGUUUUUAGUUAUAUCAAGGAACACUAUCCUGUUUUUUCGGUGCCAUGGGAAUUGGUGAGUGAAAUUCAAGCUGUAGGAGUUACAGUGAGAGAAAUCAGACCUAAGAUGGUACGGAGUCUCCUUAAGGCCUCUUCGACGUCUUUUUCUCUCCCAUCAGUUGAGACAUACAUAGAUGUGCUUGAGUAUUGUUUAUCUGAUAUCGAACUUAACCUUGAUGCUUCAAGUGGUCAAGAUACUCAGAACUCUCAUACUAGGAUGGCCGUCCUUGAGGGUAACAGUUCUACUACUAUAUCAAAUUCAAGCCUGCAAGGAUCUAGUAGGGUAUCCACCCAGAGUGUGGAGAAUCCAGGUGGCGACCCGUUGGAGAUAGUGACUACUUUUGGUAGGGCAUUAUUUGAUUUUGGCCGGGGAGUGGUUGAAGAUAUUGGUAGAGCUGGAGGGCCUUUAGUUCAAAGGAACACCAUUUCUGGUAGUGGUAGCAGUAGAAAUCCUGAUCCAAGGUAUGCACCUAUAGCUGCUGAGAUAAAAGGCUUACUUUGUCCAACUGCAACAAGCAAUUUCGCAAAGCUAGGGAUUGUUGAACUUUGGGUCGCGAGUAAGGAGCAGCAAACACUAAUGCUCCCGUUACAAGCAAAGUUUAUCCACCCAGAAUGCUUAAGAAGAUCGGUUAUCUCUGAGAUUUUUUUGAAUGAGAACAUCCAAAUGUUCUUGAAAUUGCAGAGUUUCUCCCAUCGGUUGUUGGCGAAUAACAUGAAGUCACUUUUUGUUGAAAACUGGGUAAACCAUGUGAUGAAUUCAAGUAAGGCUCCAUGGUUUUCAUGGGAGAGCGGUACAAAUUCAGAUGGUGCAGGGGGUCCUUCUCCUGAAUGGAUACGACUCUUUUGGAAAAGUUUUAAUGGCUCAUCACCAGACCUUUCACUUUUCUCUGAUUGGCCCCUUAUUCCUGCAUUUCUUGGUAGGCCAGUGUUAUGCCGUGCUCGGGAGAAUCAUUUGAUUUUUAUACCACCACUAGUUACGGAUCCAACGUCAGUAAAUGAUGUGUCAGCACCAUAUACAGGAGGAACCGACGAAGCAGGGUUGACGGGUGAUGAUACUUCUGGAACUAGGUUAAUCCAAUCCUACAUAUCUGCAUUCGAACUAACCAACUCAAGAUUUCCCUGGUUGUCAUCGCUGCUCAACCAGUUCAACAUACCUGUAUAUGACACACCGUUCCUAGAGUGUGCUCCUCCAUGUAAUUGUUUCCCCAGUCCGGGACAUUCUCUAGGAAAAGUGGUUGUUACCAAGCUGCUUGCUUCUAAACGUUCUGAGUAUUUCGUUGAACCGGCUUUCUCUGUGGCUACAGAUCGCGACAAUUUGUUUAACCUUUUUGCCGUGGAUUCUGCUUCAUCCAGUGGGUCGACAUAUACUAGGGAAGAGAUUGAUUUGCUAAGGGCACUCCCUAUUUAUAGAACUGUUCUGGGUUCAUAUACACGAUUGCAUGAUCAGGGCCAGUGUAUUAUUACUCCGAGCUCCUUCUUUAAGCCAUCUGAUGACCGCUGCUUGUGUAGUUCAACUGAUUCAAGUAGAAGUCUAUUUCAUGCCCUAGGGGUCCCUGAGUUACAUGAUCAAGAAGUGCUUGUGAAGUUUGCAUUGCCUGGUUUUGAGGAAAAAGCUCAAGAAGAGCAGGAGGAUAUCUUGAUUUAUCUAUAUACCAAUUGGCAGGAUCUUGAGCUAGAUUCAAAUGUAGUCAGUGUGCUGAAAGAGACUAAGUUUGUAAGAAAUGCAAGUGGGACCCGUGAAGAACUAUUUAAGCCCCAAAAUCUGCUUGAUCCUAGUGAUUCUCUAUUGAUGUCGGUAUUCGCCAAGGACAGAAAUAGAUUUCCCGGGGAGAGGUUCACUUCAGAUGGAUGGCUUCGGAUUUUAAGGAAAACUGGUCUUAGGACAUCCACAGAAGCAGAUGUAAUACUUGAAUGUGCGAGAAAAGUUGAGCAUCUUGGAGAUAAUUGCAUGAGAGCUUUAGAAGAGCCUGAUAAUUUUGAGCCUGAUCUUUCCAGUUCCAAGAAUGAAAUUUCUGUGGAAAUAUGGUCUUUAGCUGUAUCAGUUGUCCAAAAUAUAUUUCUGAACUUCGCUGUAUUGUAUAACAAUAACUUCUGCAAGCAACUUAGUCAAAUUGCAUUUAUACCUUCAGAGAGAGGGUUCCCUUCUAUUGGUGGUAAGAAAGGUGGAAAGAGAGUACUUUGUUCUUAUAAUGAAGCUAUUCUACUGAAGGAUUGGCCUCUUGGAUGGAGUAGUGCUCCCAUUCUAGCCGGUCAGAAUGUUGUUCCACCUGAGUACGCUUGGGGAGCACUUCAUUUAAGGAGCCCACCAGCCUUUACGACAGUGUUAAGGCAUUUGGAGAUUGUUGGGAAGAAUGGCGGGGAGGAUACUCUUGCUCAUUGGCCAACAGUUGCAGGGAUGAUGACUGUGGAGGAAGCUUCUCUUGAGAUCUUGAGGUAUCUAGACAAAAUUUGGAGUUCCCUCUCUGCUUCAGAAAUAUUGGCGUUGAAGGAAUUGGCAUUUGUACCAGUUGCAAACGGCACACGUUUGGUUACCGCAAACUGUCUUUUCGCGCGUUUGGCAAUAAACCUCUCACCGUUUGCGUUUGAACUUCCUAGUCUCUAUCUGCCAUUCAUGAAGGUUCUUAAAGACCUUGGGAUUCAGGAAGCUUUCUCUCUUACUUGUGCAAGGGAUCUCCUACUGAAUAUCCAGAAAGCGUGUGGGUACCAGCGUCUAAAUCCAAAUGAACUCCGAGCUGUGAUGGAGAUUUUGCAGUUUGUCUGUGAUGCAAUAGUUCGGGCAGAGAAGGGAGAUGAGUCCAGCUACAUAUCUGAAGCAGUAGUACCAGAUGAUGGCUGUCGACUUGUUGUAGCAAGAUCUUGUGUUUAUAUUGAUUCUUUUGGAUCUCGGUUCAUCAGGAGCAUAGAUAUUUCCAGGAUAAGGUUCGUUCACCCAGAUCUUCCUGAAAGAAUAUGUACAGGGUUGGGCAUUCAAAGGCUAUCUGACGUAGUCGUGGAGGAGCUGGAUGAAACUCAAGAAUUAGAGUUUUUGGAUCAAAUUGGAUCAGUUUCAUUAACAACAAUUAAGGAGAAGCUCUCAAGCAGGUCUUUUCAGUCAGCGGUGUGGAAAAUUGUAAAUAGCACCGCCGGUUUCACUCCUGCAUCUGAGGCCUUGGAUUUGGAGCAAAUACAAAGAUUACUGGAAUCUGUUGCAGAGAAAUUGCAAUUUGUUAGGUUCCUCUAUACUCGUUAUAUGUUAGUUCCAAGAUCUUUGGAUGUCACACGCGUGAAUAAGGAAUUCAUUAUUCCUCAAUGGGAGGACGGAUUGAGACACCGUUCUUUUAACUAUGUUGACCAAUCAAAAACUCGUGCUUUAGUUGCUGAACCUCCUUAUUAUAUUUCUGUGUUUGAUGUUAUUGCAAUUGUCGUGAGUCAAGUAAUUGGCUUAGUAAACCCUUUACCCAUUGGAUCAUUAUUUUCCACUCCGGUUGGCUCAGAGCAAGCAAUUGUAGAUGCACUUAAACUUGGAUCUGAUAGAAGAGAGAAUGAGCUUGGGGAUAAAAGUAGUCAAUUGGUCGGUAGAGAUUUAGUGCCGCAGGAUGCUCGUCAGGUGCAAUUCCAUCCACUGAGACCUUUCUAUAGUGGAGAGGUAGUGGCGUGGAGGACAGGAAAGGAUGGAGACAAAUUGAAGUAUGGUAGGGUUCCAGAGGAUGUCAGGCCAUCAGCAGGUCAAGCACUUUACAGGUUUAAGGUAGAAACAGCUCCAGGGGAAACCCAACUUCUUCUCUCUUCUCAUAUUUUCUCUUUCAAAAGCAUACCAAUGGCAAAUGAAGUUUCAUCUUCAACAUUGCUGGACGACCAUAAAAUGGAAAAUGAGAACCUGAAUCGGGCUGAGGUGCACGGUGCUGGAACUAGCAAUACAAGUUCCUCUAAGCAGCCAGCUACGGAUCACAAUUAUGGACGAGUUUCUCCGGCAGAACUAGUGCAGGCAGUCAAUGAAAUGCUCUCUGCAGCUGGAAUCAACAUGAAUGCUGAGAAGCAGUCCCUUCUCCAAACAGCCUUAACUCUACAAGAACAACUCAAAGAGUCUCAAGCUGCACUUCUUCUCGAGCAGGAAAAGGCUGACAGCGCUGCUAAAGAAGCUGAAACAGCAAAAUCAGCAUGGAUGUGUCGGGUGUGUUUGAGCACAGAGGUCGAUAUAACUAUAGUUCCUUGUGGUCAUGUUCUAUGUCGAAGAUGUUCAUCUGCUGUUUCUAGAUGCCCUUUCUGUCGACUCCAAGUGUCGAAAACUCUGAAAAUUUUCAGGCCCUGAGAGCCCUUUAAAGCUUCUCAUCCAAUUGAUCAGACUAAUAGUCUUCUAGGAAUCAACUAGAUAUAGUGGGGUUCUGCAUUGGAGUAUGCUAAUCAUACCUGAUGAUACACUUGUGCCUUCUGGUUUUCACAGUGCCUCUCACAGUAUAUGUGUCAAGAGAGGAGGGAGUAGUAAAUAGAUUUGAUCAGAGCAGAACCCUAAUUGUACUCUAUACCGUAGUUGUACUUGUGUAUAGAUAAGUACAGAUCUGAGGAGUUAGCCCAAUGUAAAUUCAAUUAUGUGAAUAGUAUUGCAUUUAGGUAAAGAAUUUUAUGAUGUUGGGAGUAGAUACAAAAAUAAUAAUAUUACAUAUAGUUGCACAGCACAAAUUCAAGUUUUAAUACAAGAAAGGACUCGUACUUGAUUACAUGUCUCA